ACGCUGGCCAAAGGUUUUGCAAUUCGCUGCAUUGCUGUCAAAAUGCCGACGAAAAACACAGGACGCAUCGAAAAGGUGCGGUCGAGGAAGAAUCUGACACCGCACCAAAAAAAUCACCGCUGGCAAUCCUUCUCCAACAAGAUUGCGCUGUUCAGCUCACUGCAGCCGCUUCGUCGUGUCCGCCGAUAUGACCUCGACAAUGAAGAUCUUUCUGCGACCACUUCCUAUUUCCGAAAUGGCCUGGACAAGUGGUCAGAGCUCAAUAUAUCAAAAGGUUUUAUGGAUUUUAGGCGAAAAGUCUCCCCUUUGUCUGAUAGCUUGGCCCAAAUCGUGCACUUCGAGACCAAGAUCAUGGAGCUGCUCGCUGAACAUAUUUCACAACAGGACAAGGAAUCUCUAGAGCCUCUGCUCGAGCUUCUGACUGCAUUUGCACACGAUCUAGGAGCUAGAUUCGAAAAGCACUAUGGACAAAGUCUCGAGCUCAUUAUUGCAAUUGCGGGCAAGCCGCAAGCCGUCGAAGUUAUUGAAUGGACGUUUGGUGCAGUUGCUUUCCUGUUCAAAUAUCUGUCCAAGCUCAUUGUGCCCAAUUUGCAGCCAACAUACGAUGUGGUAUGCGUCCUAAUGGGCAAGACUCGCCACGCUGCCCACAUUGCUCGUUUUGCUGCCGAAGCAAUGAGCUUUCUUAUUAGAAAAGCCGCUGCUCCGUCGCAUCGAGAGUCGGCAUUGGCACCUCUUGUCAACCAUAUCCGAUCCGACAUAUAUAGCAUGGUGGAUGACAAGCAAUAUUCGCUGUAUAGGGACGGCAUCAUGACCAUGUUUGCUGAAGCUGUCAAGGGAAAUGAAGGAACAGUCCAUUCCGCCGGGCCGGCAAUUCUCACAACGCUUAUUGAUUCGAUCCCCGACACAGAGAAGCACCUUGAAGAGAAGCUCCUCUGGACCGAUAUGGUAUGCGGCGUCCUGACCAGUAGCAUACACCACUGCCGAACCGAAACUUUCGAACAGUACGCCGAAUCGAUUCAAAACAAAAUUGAUAUCUCGCUUGAAUCGUUGGACAAGGCACAGGAUCCUUGGGCUGUUGUUCCUCUUAUUAAAAUCUUAGGGACUAUGGGCAGCGUUAGAAAAGGCUCGAGGAUUACGGACUGGCCCCGCCUCAUUAGCCAGACGGUACACUGCCUUGGAUUCCCGGCCAAACAGUCUUCCGAUGACCUUACCUCAGAUCAAGUAAACGCCAUUUGGGGUUCGGUUAUGGUCAAUGUUGCCAUGAUAUGGCACAACGCACCCGUUGAUGCUCUUAUAUCUAAGAUGUCGGCUCUAUUACAAGCUUUAACACGAGAACCGUAUAUGAGAUGGUUUAUCCCAUUCUGCGCUUACUUUUGCGAGCUUGAUAGCCGCCGGUUUGGCAGUCUCUUUCGCCAGGAUUUUCAGAAGUUUAUUGCUAGUCGUUGGUCAGAUGGGCCAAACGAAGACACUCUCUGCGUCUUGCUUCCCGGUAUGACUGAAAAUCGAGCCUUUCCUUCAGCCGGAGAAAAGGAUUGUCUGAAGAUCCCGCAGAGCUGGCAAGAUCAAAUAGUGUCAAAGUUUGAAAAUUUGGAAAUAUCACCAUUCCCAGAACGCGGUCCUUAUAAUAAGGAUCCCCAAGUCUGGCGUGAUAAAUGCCUUCCGAAAUAUGCGGCGCUCUUCCGAAUCCUCGAAAUCGCCUCUCUCCACCCUUCAACCAAUGCUCGUAUUGCAGAACUACUGCUCCGGAAGCUAAAGCUUGCCCUCCGACCCUCUGAGUCUCUCGCGUCUGCUGAAGUUCACUUCAUCGUUAGCCAAGGGUUCCAUUCUUAUCUUGGAAUGAGCACUGCAACUGCCACUCUCGAUAGGACGCUUAGUCCGCUUCUAAAAGCAGCAGUCCCACGAUUCGCACGAUCUCUGGGCUUUUUACAGGGAUAUCAUCAAUAUACAUCGAAAAUUGGGCCAGAAGCCGCUGAGGUGCUGCCAUCCAGUGACUCCGCAGUAUCCUGGGAGGAAGAUUCUACUAUCAAGUCUCUUGUUGGAAACCUUUGGUCUUCAAACCACGACAUUCGCCUCGUAACUUUGCAGGUGCUUAGAAACCUAGGGGCAACAUCAAUGAGCAUUAUCGACUUAAUGAUCGAGGUUGAAGAGAUGCCGUUAAGCCUUGAGAGUACCAGAAGUAUUGCUAUGGUACUCCGCAAACUCACCCAGCAGUAUGUGGCCCUCGAAGAAAAAGGGUGGCUUUCUCUGGGUGUUCCCGCCUUCUUAUUCGGCAUGCUUACCGUCAAACUAUCUCCAGUCUGGGAUGACGCUGUUGAGUGCCUCAAGCAAAUCGCGGAAUCUAAAGAUGGCGAGAGGGCCGUAUGCGAGAUUGGGUUCCAGUGGCUUGACGUACCAUCGCCUCGAUGGACCCCAAAGCAGCCUGAUUCUGAUACCACCUCCAAGUUCUACUCAGAUUUUGAAUGCACUAGCAUCAACGGGCUUGUUAAAACUGCUAACAAAAUUUACGAAGACUCAGUCCACGCCAGCGAUGUGAUGCUUGCCGUGUUUGAUGACGCACAAAUGCUCACUGAUACUUUUGCUGAGGUUUCACGAGGCAGAGCAUUAAGAGUUUUCAAUGCUAUACCUUCAAUUGCUGAGCGUCGAUCACGUCAAUUUGUUCCGCAUUUUCUGAGCUGGGCUGCUGAUGACCAAUCUCCCGAGGAUAUUGAGGAAAUGGAUAAUUCUGAUGAAGGUGCUACUUGGUCUCUGCAAGACAGAAAAGCUCUCCUCGGGGUAUUCUCGCAGUUUGGAAAUCCAAAGGUACUCUACCAGCAUGAAAAGGUAUAUGAAUGCCUUUUACAACUGAUGGAGAACGGUGAUAUUGAGGUCCAGAAGCUUGUGCUCAAGGCAAUUCUCUCUUGGAAGCAACCGGGCAUCAAAGCCUACCAGGAAAAUCUUGAGUUUCUGCUAGAUGAAGCCCGUUUCAAGAAUGAGCUCGCCGUGUUCCUACAGAAUGAUGAGCUUAUUAAAUCAGAGCACCGAGCGGAGCUCAUGCCUGUUUUGCUCAGACUCCUUUAUGGUCGUACAAUCUCGAGGAAGGGUGCUGCUAGCGGUCGUCACGGUCUUCAGGCUACUAGGCUCGCCGUCAUCAGAAAUCUCUCUAUUGAAGACAUGGGCGAAUUUUUGGCCAUCGCAACCGGAAAGCUCAAGGAUGUCCGUGUUGGUCAAGAAACAGAGGCUGAGAGAGAAACUAAGUUUGCCGAGCCUCUCAUCACUGUGCGCAAGCAACUUGGUUUCCUUAAUAUGAUUUCUGCCCUUAUCUCGGAGCUCGGGAAUAACGUGUCCCACUAUAUGGACCGUGUCCUCAACCCAGUACUUUACUGUUUAGUGUUUGCUUGCAGACAUCUGCGCGAGACUAUGGAUGUCGACGCUGAGGAUAAUGAACAAGAAAAGGUCAGCAACCACUCAUUGCUGAGGGUGGUUCGAUCUACUGGUAUCAAGUGUCUUAUCGCUCUCUUCCAGAACGCUCAAACCUUCCACUGGGAUCCUUACCAUGAUGUUAUAAUUGAAGAAGUAAUUGCCCCCAGAAUGGACAAUCUUCCUGCCGAAACCACUCAAGGUAUUUCGGGUACUAUGCAACUAUUCUCUACAUGGUCAGUCCUGCCUCGUGCGGCACUCUUUUUAGCCCCUCACUCCACCCAUCUUCCUGAAGGCGUUUUGCCCAAACUGGUUGAUUGUAUCGCCAUUGAGAAGGCGAAGGAUGAAGUCAGAAUCUGUUCCCUCGAAAUUUUACGGAACCUGGUGAAGGUGGCUAUGGCUCCUGCUGCCGAGUCGGAGUUCAAUGAAGUCAUCAGAGCCGAGCUUCUCGAUACAAAUGUGGACAAGCUUCUUAUUACUGUCACCAAAGUCUUGCAUGAGCAAGUAACUAGCCCAGCCUUUUUGGAGUCAUGCGUCGAAACGAUCUUGGCAUUUGCACCCAUUGUCUCAAAUUUGGACAAUAUUCAAUCAGUCUUGACCAUAUCCAGUUAUCUUCUGAAUCAACCACCUCGACGUGUUAGUCCCAAGACUAAGGGCAGAAUUCUGCUUGUGGUUGAAGGUUUUAUUUCAUCCUCACAGUUAGCUGUUGAACCCAAGCUGCUGAACGACGUAUAUGAUACACUAUCAUCCCUGUUUGGCUACUUUAAAGACAGGGAGAACCGCCAGUCACUGUGCCGUGCCAUUACGGCGUUGUCAAGGCAGGAUGCCGAGGUCGCCAGCAUUGCUAACUAUUGUGCCGACCUAAACGCCUUCAAAGAAGGUCGUAUCGAAGAGCCGGACUACGACAGACGCCUGGCUGCAUUUACUGCCAUCUCCUCAGCAAGAGAAAUGCCACUUAGCCCCAAGCAAUGGCUCCCUUUGUUGCAUAACAUGAUAUUUUUCAUUCGUGUUGACGAGGAAUUCGGUAUCCUCUCAUCCAAUUCUGCGGAUGGCAUGCGCCGAUUGAUUCAAGAUACGGCCAACUCGACAGUUGUCGAAAAUAGGACCAAGCUGGAGAAUUAUCUUAAGUUGAUCUUGAUACCUGCUAUCCAUGCAGGAGCUCGAGAGACUUCAGAAACUGUCCGCCGAGAAACCUUGCGCGUUUUUGGAUUCCUUAUUUCUACCUUACCGAACUGGGAGCCUGUCGCAGAUCUUAAUGGCCUCCUACAAGGACGCACCGAUGAAUCAACUGAACCGCCUUUCUUUUUUAAUAUCCUCAGCCCUGCUGUUGCUAGACAACUCGAAGCAAUGAAAACCCUUGAGACAGCGAAUGAAUUUCAAGAGAUGAGUAGCCAGAGCCUGGCACACUUCUUUAUUCCGCUCUUAGAACACUUCAUUUUUGAUAGGCUGGACGGUAGUGAUGACCAGGGACUGGGUGCGCAAGCUAUCAACACUAUUGGCUGCAUUGCAAAGUCACUGCAGUGGAACCACUAUCGUACAACGUUCCAGAGAUACAUCAGCUAUAUAGGAUCAAAGCCUGAACUUCAGCGCCAAACCGUCAGGCUCGCUGCCAAGUUUGCCGAUGCACUCGAAGCAUCACUGACAAUCAACUCUGAUACUGAUGAUAUGAAUCUUGACGGAGAUUCUACCGAACAACUAAGGAAGCAGCGGCUCAGCGUCACUGUACCGAAGCAGGAUCAACUGAAUCCAGAGAUUCUGAACUCCUUUUUACCCACUCUUCUCAAAUAUCUACAUGAGAAGGAUGAGUCUGAAGUUAGUUUUCGUGUUCCUGUAGGUGUCAUUGUUGUCAAACUCUUAAAGAUGCUCCCGGAAGAUCAGAUGGAGCAAAAGCUGGCCGGUGUUUUGACCGACAUCUGCCAUAUUCUUCGAAGCAAGUCGGUUGAGUCCAGAGAUAUGACAAGAGACACACUCGUCAAGAUUGCUGUUGUCCUUGGAUCCAGAUACUUUGGCUUCAUUUUGAGAGAAUUAAGAAGCGCUCUGACAAGAGGAUACCAGUUGCACGUUCUUUCUUAUACCAUGCACUCUAUUUUGCUAGCGACGAUCCCUAUUUUUACUCCUGGCGAUCUUGACCACUGUCUCAAUGAUAUUGUUACUGUCAUUAUGGACGACAUUUUCGGAGUUGUCGGGCAAGAGAAGGACGCCGAAGGGUAUACAAGCCAAACGAAGGAGAUCAAGAGCAGUAAGAGCCAAGAUUCAAUGGAACUUGUGGCAAAAAAUGCAUCGGUCAAGCAUCUGGUUGAUUUGGUAAAGCCUAUCCAAGCUAUGCUGAUGCAAAAGGUUGACUUGAAGAUCGUGCGCAAGAUUGAUGCACUGAUGGCUCGUAUCUCUGCGGGUCUUCUUCAAAACUCUGCCGCAGAGAGCCGUGAUACCUUGGUGUUUUGUUACGAGGUCAUUCAAGAGGUUUAUGCCAGUGAGAAACCGGAAGCUGAAGUUGUGAUUGAUCCGCGCGUUCGAAAGUACCUUGUGCAAAGGGGUGCGGGUAAGAGUGGCGAUCGCGGCAAGACAGCCAAACAUACGCACAAGUUGAUUCGAUUUGCCUUUGACAUUUUGCGGGCAAUGUUUAAGAAAUACGACAGCUUGCGCAAUCCUGCCAAUAUUGAUGGUUUCCUACCAAUUCUAGGCGACAUAUUUGUAGGGGGCGAGGAAGAAGUCAAGACAGCUGCAUUCCGUCUUAUGACGGCGAUUGCAAAGGUUUCCAUUAAUGGCGACGAUGGCAAGAAUAUUUUCAAGGUUGCCGUGAAAGAGGCCACGAAGAGCGUUUCUAUGUCUAGUUCGACAGAAACAGACCUAUCGCAAGCAGCCAUAAAAUUCCUCGCCGUUGUUCUGCGUGACCGCAAGGACAUUGAUAUUAAGCAGGCUGCCGUUGAUAUGCUCUUGGUUAAGCUGAAGGAAGAUUUCACCGAGCCACUCUACCGCCAUGUUACGUUCAACUUUUUGCGUUCAGUCCUUGAACGCCAGAUUGAAACCGCUACCGUCUACGAUAUCCUCGAUCAUGUCGGCACUGUGAUGGUCACCAAUGAUGACAAAGACACGCGUGACCUAGCGCGAGGAGCUUUCUUCCAGUUUGUCCGAGAAUAUCCCCAAAGAAAAGCGCGCUGGGCUAAGCAGUUGAACUUUGUUGUGGCAAAUCUCAAAUACAAGCGUGAAGGAGGCCGAAUUUCCAUCCUGGAAAUGCUUCAUCUGCUUCUCACGAAAGCUUCCAAUGACUUCACUCAGGAGAUUGCUUCGACCUGCUUCUUGCCGCUAUUUAUGGUCCUAGCCAAUGAUGAGAGCGAUAAGUGCUGCAUGGCUGCAGGGGAACUCCUCAAGGAGAUUUUUCGCAAGUCAGACAGGGAGCAUACUCAAAAGUUUUUGGCAUUGCUUCGCACCUGGGUUGAGAAGGAUGACUCUUCACCUAUUAUUAAACUUGGUCUGCAAGUCUUUGGCUAUUACUUCGAAACUAAUGAAGGCGCGGAAAAGAACCAGAAUGAUUUUAAGCUCAUUCUGAACAAAUGCCAGGCAAUUUUGGCAGAGGAACCCGAUGAUGUCGAUAAUGAGCUUCUGACAACGACGCUCAACAACAUUCAGCUCUUGACAAACUUGUUUCCGAGCCGGUUGCUCAUCACUGAGAAUGAUGCCAUGUGGGAAAAUGUUGCCAAGUCUGUCCAAAACACAUCCACUGGUGUCAGACUACCUGCUCUUCGCCUGAUUAGUACGUACCUGGCUGAUUUUGCGAAGAAUGGCGCAGGCGUGGCUCCCGGCCAACCUAUUGACGGAUCGUACGGCCUGACGCUUUCUAUUGAGAACAUGCAGGAGUUUGUCCGCCGUGGAUUUUACGCCUUGGGCGGAAGCGAGGUUGAUGAAACGGUAGCUGCAGAGGCUAGCCAAAUCCUCAUUUUCCUUGGCCCUAGGUUGCCUGACCUGGUUGCUGAGGAUGGCGAAGUUGCGCUGUCUGAUGCGGAGAUUGCUAUUAAUGAAGGCGUAGAAGAUGCUGACGGUGCUCAAGAGGAUGAUGCUGCAUCAACGAAGGAGAAAGAUCUUGGUUAUGUGUUCCGUCGCUUGUCACAUAUUCUGCGAAAGGAAACACCGCCCCGUGCCUCUGCAUUCUUGUGUAAGGUGUCCGCUAUGGAGAUUCUUGAGACAGUCUGUCGCCGCAUUUCAGAUGACCGCCUUCGCCCAGCGUUAAAGGUUGUUCUGGAGCCGCUGUCUAACUUGACGGAUCCGUCAAUCCCGGUGCCCUUUAGCUCGGACGAGCUGUUCAAGACCAAGUAUGAAGGUGUUAAGACUAGAGCUCAGAUUCUGAUGGACUCGCUCCAGCGGAAAUUUGGCACGGCAGAGUACAGUAAGGUUCUACUGGAGAUUCGCGAAGCCGUUAAAGCCAGGAGACAGGAGCGCUCAAGCAAGCGCAAGAUUGAAGCCAUUGCACAACCUGAAAAGUAUGGCAGAGAUAAGCGCAAGAGGUUUGAAAAGGAUAAGGCACGAAGAAAGGUGCGCUCUAAGGAGCAAAAGGAAAUGCGCAAUUCGUACAAGAGAUGGUGAUGUGUGUUUUGCAUUGGUGAUGCGGCGUACAAUGGCGUCUUUGUGUUUAUUUCAUAAUUUGGUUACAUCAUUAGCAUAUAGUUUUCUUCAUUUCAGAAGAGGAAGCAUACACAGCAUAUAAGUGGAUUUGAAGCAUGUCAUACACUACAGUGUCUCGCUAUUGCAGAUUUUAUCUAAUCGCCUUGUGACAUCUACCAGCUGGUGAUGGCUACCAACCCGCCAGUUGAAAAAAAAAGAGAAUGACUAAGAAGAGAACUUUUACCAUGGAGUUGAAAAAAAAGACAAAGAACCCCAGAAACGCCGCGUUUGUGCUAUAAUGUACAAAAUGCACUGUGUGGUAUGGUACAGGUAGAAUCCCACGGUAGGAGCAAAGCUCCCACAUCUGGGCAGUGGUACAGGAAGAUUUUCAUGCGCUGGAUUUUCCUGAAAUUUCUGUCUUGGCGGCUUCUUCGGCAUACUUCUCCUCAGGCCAAAACUCAAUAUCGCCAUCUUCGCCUAAGCUACCCCUCUUGACGAGCUGGCCCUGCUCGCGCAUGAUGUCUUCGAUUGUAACCUUUCGAUCGCCAAAGAUGUUCAGGUGGUCGCUGAUGACAUGUCGGUUACGGCAGCUCGGGCAGGUGAUAAGGAUAGACCCCUUGUGGUAACCCUGCUUGGAGAUGCUGUGCUGCGAUCGGUUGCUGCAUGGCUUGCAGGUAAAGCUGAGCUGGUAGUAGGCGUUGUCUAGGAACGGGCGCUUUGGUGUCGUUGGUACGUUCUGGUCGCCUGAUGCAUCCUUUGUUUGAGUAGCAGGAGAUGUUUCUGAUACUUUUCGUGGUGGUCUGGGAAUCGAAUGUGCGGCGCGCAGGAAGACUGGAUUACGCAGCAGACGGAUUGGUGUUUGGAGAGCGGCACCGGGGAUUGCGAUACGUAGGAGAGGUGUGGCGAGGGCUUGUACCAUUCUAGACGCCAUGCUGUGCUCGUGCUAUGGUGGUGAAGUUUGUAUCGCUUGUCGAAGGAUGUUUGUUGGACGUGGGUAUCAACGAUGUGAGAAGACAAGAAAAAAAAAUGUUAGGGG